GGACUACACGCCCCAGCAGGCCGGGAAAAGGACCUAUCAGGGGCGGGGCGGGGCGGGUAGGGUACGGGCACUGCAGCAGGUUUGACGGAAGGAGCGGCGGCGGAGGACCGGGAGGAUGGAGGCGGUAGUGUUCGUCUUCUCGCUCCUCGAUUGUUGUGCGCUCAUCUUCCUCUCCGUCUACUUUAUAAUUACAUUGUCUGAUUUAGAAUGUGAUUACAUUAACGCUAGAUCAUGUUGCUCAAAAUUAAACAAGUGGGUAAUUCCAGAAUUGAUUGGCCAUACCAUUGUCACUGUAUUAAUGCUCGUUUCAUUGCACUGGUUCAUCUUUCUUCUCAAUUUGCCUGUUGCCACUUGGAAUAUAUAUCGGUUCAUUAUGGUGCCAAGUGGUAACAUGGGAGUGUUUGAUCCAACAGAAAUACACAAUCGAGGACAGCUGAAGUCACACAUGAAAGAAGCCAUGAUCAAACUUGGUUUUCACUUGCUCUGCUUCUUCAUGUAUCUUUAUAGUAUGAUUUUAGCUUUGAUAAAUGACUGAAGCUGGAGAAGCCUUGGGUGAAGUCAGCAUACACUACAAUGCACAGUUGAGGAGCCAGAGACUACUUACUUAAAUCAUCCUUAGAACCGUGACCAUAGCAGUAUAUUUUUCCUCUUUGAACAAAAAACUAUUUUUGCUGUAUUUUUACCAUAUAAAGUAUUUAAAAACUAUGAA